AUGCGCGGCAAUCUGGACAGCAUCCGGGGCUCCGUCAAGAAGCAACCAGCUGCCAUGCAUGGACAUUUCCACCCUCAAGAUACAGUAAAGAAGUAUGGCGAGUUCGAUGAGGAAUCCCUUGUGCGACGAGCUCACUCGCUGUUCUACAUAUGCAAGCGUGCCAUAGUUGAUUAUCCUGUGAUGGGAGAUGAUGAACAUGGCCAAGACAGCACCGAGAUGAUAGUCGAGGUCAGCUUAUGGCAAUUGAUGGAGACUGAGCUCUCCCUCAUGUAUGACAUGCUAUACACCAAGGCGGCUGUCAUCCACACCUGCUUCGGCUACUUGGUACGCCUCAUCUCGCCAUUCGCCAUUGUCGCCUCACUGCUACUUUUCAUCUUCAUUGACAAGGAGGCGCACCGUAGAGUUGAUGUUAAUAUCACCUACAUAUUGUAUGGUGGUGCCUUGUUCAUGGAGAUGACAUCGCUGCUGAACGCCCUAGGCUCCUCCUGGACAUUUGCCUUCGUGAGCACCACAAGAUGGGACUGGCUUCGAUACGCAGCACUGUGCAAUAAAAGAUGGGACCGGCUUAGGCGUCUGGUUGCAUAUCUUCACCAUCUUGUCAGGGUAGGAGGAGGUAGCCGGUACAGAUCAAGGAGGUGGUCACAUACCAUGGGUCAGUACAACAUGCUGCACUAUUGCACCGGUUCUAACAGUGCACGCACUAGGCCUCUGCUUGGCAGUUUGGCCAAGAUAGCGGGAUCAGGACUAAAUGAGCUAUGGAACAGAGAGCAUUACUCAUGGGAAGCUGACAUGCCGGGCCAUCUCAAGGAUCGUAUCUUUGAAUAUAUGCAACAUAUACACGAUGAGGAUUUUGUGAACUCACUGGGCAUGCUCAAGAAUAAGUGGGGUGAGGAAACACUGCAUAGCAGGGGGUUGUUCAACUCUCGUCUCACAAAUUCCCUCGGCGUUGAGUUCCAGGAGUGCAUAAUCAUCUGGCACAUCGCCACCGAAGUUUUCCUCGCCAAGAGCGAGCAAGCCAAAGAAAAGAAGACACGGGAUGAUGUGAAGGCGGUCAAGGUGAUAUCCAACUACAUGAUGUUCCUUCUCGUGGAGCAGCCGGACAUGCUGCCAGGCCUCCCCCAAAACAGGUUGUACCAACUAACCUGUGAAAGUCUGGUCAAGACUUGGGGAUCAACUGAUAGGCGUCAAGACAUGAACCUGUGUGCUUCGCUCAAGAAUCUGUUCCGUCUGCAUGAUGACCCCAAGUCUGAUUUAAGGGUCAGUGACAGAGAGGAGCUUGCAAAAGAAAUAUACAAGUAUGAGGGUAAAGGCUUCACCUACGAGGCUCCUCGUCUCUCCUAUGUAACUGACCUUGCAAAGGAACUGCUAGCAAUGGAAAAAGAUGACAAGGUUAAAUCCGUACCGGAACUUGUCCUUAAGGUGUGGACGGAUAUUCUUGUCUACGCUGGUAACAAGUGCAGCAGGAGGUUCCAUGCCGAGAAGCUCAACAGUGGCGGUGAGUUGACAACCAUCCUGUGGCUUAUGGCAGAACACUUCUACCAAGUUUAUGCGACGGAACUGAUCAAAAGUAACAAAAUGGAAAAAUGA